CUCGUCUAAACAAUUGUCCUAUUUCGUUGUUCAUAAUUUGGUACUCAUUGAACAACUGUCGAUUCACUCCGAUUGUGAUUUUCAGCGAUCCAGAUUACAAUGGCUUCUUUCACAAUAGCAUCUGCUUCUCCCUCGUCUUCCCUACCUGUGCAAACGAAGCUAAAGGUAAAGUCGAAGCUCCGCGGCUAUGGCCAGUUUUCGCUCUUUGGCCAGGAUUUCAUGAACACAACAAAGUCUCAUGGUCGGAUAAGAAUGGCUGCAACUGUUAAUGUUUCUCGUUUUGAGGGCAUAACAAUGGCCCCUCCUGACCCCAUCCUUGGAGUGUCUGAAGCAUUCCGAGCUGAUACAAAUGAUGUGAAACUUAAUCUUGGAGUGGGAGCAUACCGUACUGAAGAUCUUCAACCUUAUGUUCUUGAUGUCGUCAAGAAGGCCGAGAACCUUAUGCUACAGAAUGGAGAAAACAAAGAGUAUCUCCCGAUAGAAGGUCUGGCUGCCUUUAACAAAGCCACUGCAGAAUUAUUGUUUGGCGCUGACAAUGAAGUGAUUCGACAACAAAGGGUGGCAACUGUUCAAGGUCUUUCAGGAACUGGUUCUCUACGACUUGCAGCAGCACUGAUUGAGCGUUAUUUCCCGGGAUCAAAAGUUUUUAUUUCAUCUCCAACUUGGGGUAAUCACAAAAACAUUUUCAAUGAUGCCAGAGUACCUUGGUCUGAGUAUCGCUAUUACGAUCCAAAAACAGUUGGUCUAGAUUUUAAAGGGAUGCUUGAAGAUAUUAAGGCUGCUCCUGAAGGAUCAUUUAUCUUGCUGCAUGGAUGUGCUCACAACCCAACUGGUAUUGAUCCUACACCUGACCAGUGGGAAAAGAUUGCAGACUUAAUCCAAGAGAAGAACCACAUUCCCUUUUUUGAUGUUGCCUAUCAGGGAUUUGCAAGUGGUAGCCUUGAUGAAGAUGCAUCAUCUGUGAGAAUGUUUACUGCUCGUGGUAUGGAGCUUUUUGUUGCUCAGUCCUACAGUAAAAAUUUGGGUCUUUAUGGUGAAAGGAUUGGGGCUAUCAAUGUUGUUUGCUUAUCAGCAGAUGCAGCGACAAGAGUAAAAAGUCAACUGAAGAGGUUGGCACGGCCGAUGUACUCAAAUCCUCCCAUACAUGGAGCUAAGAUUGUUGCCAAUGUCGUAGGCAAUCCCGAAUUCUUCAAUAUGUGGAAACAAGAGAUGGAAAUGAUGGCAGGGAGGAUAAAGAGCGUGAGACAAAAACUUUAUGAUAGCCUUUGUGCGAAGGAUGUGAGUGGGAAGGACUGGUCAUAUAUUCUAAAGCAAAUUGGCAUGUUUUCCUUUACUGGCCUCAACAAAGCUCAGAGCGAGAACAUGACGAACAAGUGGCACAUAUACAUGACCAAAGAUGGAAGAAUAUCAUUAGCUGGGUUAUCCGCUGCCAAGUGUGAACAUCUUGCAGAUGCCAUCAUUGAUUCAUACUACAAUGUAAGCUAAGGUGAUUUAAGAGUGGAAGUACUUUUUCAUGGUCAGCCGGAGAGAAUUGUUGGCCCGUGCAGUUUUUCCAUCAGAGGGUUUAAACAACUGUUGUAAUAAUAGGUUAUUCAAUAUGAGGGUUCCCUCAUCAACUAGAAGAGCAAAUGAGUUGAGACAUUAUAAAUAAUGUGAUAAUGUUACGAAGUGAAGAAAUUUUGAAACUUGAGACAUUCUUGGGUGAUAGAUAUGUCAAACCCCUCAAAGUAAUCAGGGAGAAGCCUUCAUAGUAUUUAUUGAUCACGUGAUAGUAUUAGCUAAUGAAGGAAGCCUAGAAUGUUGAUUAAUAAGAUGGAAUGUAUAUAACCUUAGAUAUUUAGGAUGAUGAAGAAACUUAGGAUAUGUACUUGUAAAACAAAAACAUAUUUGGUGAAUUUUAAUCAUGUCCUGUAGACACCCAGACAUUAUGGGUAUGCAUAGUGCAGGAUGGAAUGAUUUUUUGUUCAGAAAAAAAUCAGAUACUCCAAACUUUGAAGUGUGAAAUGAAUGCUUCAAGUUGUGCUCUUGAAUC